AUGCCGAUUGGGAUUGAAGAGCCAGGUGGUGCGCAUUUAGUUGUGAUUAGCAAUUUUAAGGCCACUGCGGUCCGAGUUGCCUCCUCUUGCUUAACAAUUCAUAUGGCUCUAAUCAUUGUAGCUGAAAAUACAUCUUGUUUCUUUUCGCUACCUUGUUUUGUGUUGGUGGUUUUGGGUGUGUAUUGUUGCGGUUUAAUUUUACCGUGGAUUUUUCUUUUGAUCGCUUUUCGUUUCUAUUCUCAUCUGUCUGAUUAUGCCAACCAUAUUUUGGGUUUAAUAGAUUUUUGGUAUGAGAUUUAUUUUGAUUUUGCAAUGCAAGUAGUUGAUGGAUCUAAUAGAAUUCGUUGCCCUUGUCGCUCCUGUGUCAAUCGUUUAUUCUUCCCUCUUGAAGUAGUGAGAAGACACUUAUUUAUGAAAGGGAUGGAUAAGAGAUAUACGAUAUGGGAGUUGCAUGGUGAGGCAAAUGAAAGAUUUAGAGUUGAUCCUCAUGAUGAGGAUAGAAAUACUGCAAUGGAUGAAAUAAUAAAUGAAGGUGUUGAAGAGGAAUCUAGUGAUGAGAUGGAUGAGAUGUAUGAAGAUUUAAAUGGAGGGAAUUUCAUGAAUGAUAUGACAGGGGAGCCAUCAAGUUAUAAUGAAGAGCAAGUAGAUGAUAUAUUUACUCAAACUUUGAGGGAUUCACAACUUCCUCUUUACCCAGGUUGUGAUACAUUCUCUAUGCUGUCAUUCUUGAUAAAUAUGCUCCAUAUAAAAAACUUAACAGGGCUCUCCAAUAAAGGAUUUGACAUGUACCUUCAGCUAUUUAAAAGGGCUUUACCGAAAGGAGAGACACUACCAAAGGAUUAUUAUGAGGCAAAGACUAUAAUGCGUAACUUGGGGCUGAGCUAUCAACGCAUUCAUGCAUGCAAAAAUGACUGUGUUUUAUUUUGGAAAGAAAAUGAGGAUAAACAAGAGUGCCCAACUUGUGGAGAUUCUAGAUGGGUGGAAAGAUAUGGCAAAAGGCAUAAUAAGGUGCCUAAAAAGGUGGUAUUAUAUUUUCCAUUGAUACCAAGGUUGCAACGACUUUUUAUGUGUAGAAAGACUGCAAUGCAUAUGAGAUGGCAUAAAGAUGUGCGUGUACCAGAAGAGGGCGUGCUACGCCAUCCUGUGGACUCUGAAGUGUGGAAAGAUUUUGAUAAUAAGCAUUCUUGGUUUGCUAAGGAACCUCGCAAUGUACGUCUAGGUCUUGCUAGUGAUGGAUUUAACCCAUUUGGAAAUAUAAGCAAUGCAUACAGCAUAUGGCCAGUCGUUUUGAUGCCUUACAACUUACCACCUUGGAUGUGUAUGAAGGAGCCAUAUUUUAUGAUGUCUUUAUUGAUUCCUGGACCAAGAUCACCUGGCAAUGAUAUUGAUGUAUUCUUAAGACCUUUAAUAGAAGAAUGUAAAGAUUUGUGGAGUAAUGGAGUGCCAACGUAUGAUGCAUCAAAAGGAGAGACUUUUAAUAUGCAUGCUGCAAUUUUAUGGACUAUAAAUGAUUUUCCGGCAUAUGGAAAUCUGUCUGGUUGGAGUACGAAAGGGAAAAUGGCUUGUCCAAAGUGUAACAAGGAAACAAUGUCUGAUAGACUUACUUUUGGGAGAAAGCAAUGUUACAUGCACCAUCGUCGUUUCCUUCCUCCAUCACACUCGUUUAGGAAGAAUAAACGGAUGUUUGACAAUAAGAUAGAUAAUAAUUCAAAGCCAAAGAAUUUGUCUGGUGAUGAAUUGCUACAACAAAUGAGAUGUAUAGGCAAUAUGGCGUUCGGGAAAGAUCCCAUUACAGGAAAGUCCAGGUUGAAAAAAAAUAGACCACCAGAACAAUUAAAUUGGACAAAGAAAAGCAUAUUUUAUGAGUUGCCCUAUUGGAGAACUUUACUUUUGCGCCACAAUUUGGACGUAAUGCAUAUUGAGAAGAAUAUAUGUGACAGUUUAUUGUGGACAAUUAUGAAUGUUAAGGGGAAGACAAAAGAUAAUAUUAGUGCACGCUUAGAUUUGCAAAAAAUUGGAAUUCGACAUGAAUUGCAUCCACGUCAUGAGGGAGCAAGACAAACAAUGCCUGUAGCAUGUUUCACCUUAUCUCGAAAGGAGGUGCAUUUAUUUUGUGACUUUAUUCGAGCAGUAAAACUUCCUGAUGGUUAUGCUUCAAACAUUGCAAGAUGUGUGAAGGACAAUGAAUGUACGUUCAUGGGGAUGAAAAGUCACGAUUCUCAUGUCUUUUUACAGCGGAUUUUGCCUGUGGGAAUACGGGGUUUCUUGAGAAAGGAUGUGUCUGAAUCCAUUAUUCAAUUGGGACGAUUCUUCCAAGAGCUUUGUUGUAGGACCCUAAAGUUGGAAGUUUUAGAAUCUUUGGAACAUGAUAUUGUUGUCCUGCUAUGUAAGUUCGAGACCAUAUUUCCUCCUUCAUUCUUUGAUAUCAUGGAACAUUUAGCAAUUCAUUUGCCAGGAGAAGCCAAACUUGCAGGCCCCGUACAAUAUAGGUGGAUGUAUCCAAUUGAGAGGUUUCUACGAACCCUUAAGUGUUAUGUUAGGAACAAAGCACGACCGGAAGGUUCUAUUGCGGAAGCGUAUAUUAAUAAUGAAUGCUUGACAUUUUGCUCAAUGUACCUUAAUGGAGUUGAGACAAAAUUCAAUCGGCAAGACCGAAAUAACGAUGGAGGCGACAAUGAAGUUUUUGACGGUGUAUCAAUAUUUCAUCAAAAUGUUGGCCUUUGGGUAGAUUUGAUGUUUUCCCAAAAUGCGCCAGAAGCUAGUGAAGAUAUAUAUGCUAUAUCUCGUUUUCCUGAUAUGAGAGUGACACGCUAUACUGGAUGCAUUGUUAAUGGGAUGAGGUUCCACACAAGUGAUAGGGAGAGGAAUCUUAGAACUCAAAAUAGUGGUGUUGUCAUUAUAGGGGACCAUGGUGAUGAGGAAAUUGAGUUUUAUGGAGUUUUAAAUGAUAUUAUAUGUUUGACAUAUAUUGGAAAUAGGAAGGUCUAUUUGUUUAAGUGUACGUGGUGGCACUUGGGAAGGAAAAAUAUGGGACUUCGCAAAGACAAUAAUUUUACAAGUGUUAAUGUAUCUCGGACAUGGUAUAAUGAGGAUCCUUAUGUACUAGCAUCUCAAGUACAACAAGUGUUCUAUUUGAAUGACACAAAAUAUCGAGAUCCAUGGCGUGUAGUUCAAAAAGCCCACCAUAGAAAUGUUUAUGAUGUCAAAGAGAUAUCAAGUGAAGGAGCAAAUGCUAUGACAAAUGUUGAGGAUGAUAGUGAUUUGUCAUUGGGAAAAGAAGCUUAUCAAGGUGAACAGUCAAAUGUUAUGGGUAAUUCCAUGCAACUGAAUGUCAUUUUUGAGAGCUUACAACGAGAAGAUGUACAAGCUGAUGAUAUCGAUCCCACAGAAUUUGAGGCAGUUUUUAAUAAAGGAGAAAUGUCGAUAGAUGUAGGCAAUGUGGAUGAAGAAGAGUCUGAUGAAGGGAGUAGACAUUCACUUGAAUUGUUUGAGUCAAAUGAUGAGACAGAUGAUGAUUAA